GAGAUGGUGAGAGCUCUGCGCGCAAGCGGAGUUGAAGUAACGCUGCACGCUUCAUUGAACACUGCCGCUGCCGCUGACCCCGUUGCCGCACUCCCUGCUGUGCCUACCGCUGCAGUACCUGUUGCCGAUGCGCUCGCCGCUGCCGUACCCGCUGCCGCCGUACCCACUGCUGUGCCUGCCGCUGCAGUACACGCCACUGCUGUACCCGCUGCGGCGGUGUCCGCCGCUUACACGUCCGCUAUGCAUGCGGCUGCCUCGCUUGCCGUACCCGCUGCUGCCGUGCCCGCGGUUCACAUGCCUGCCUCUGCAGUACCCGCUGCUGUCUCGACUGCCGCUACCGAGCCUGCCGCUGCCGAGCCUACCGCUGCCCUGCCCGCUGUACAGCCUGGACGAGCAACUGACGACGCUCAGAAAACAGCAUGAGCUGCUACAGCUGCAGCAGCAGAUCCUCAAGCUGCAGCAGAGUAUGGAUGAAUCCCGAGCACCGAGGCAGCAGGUCAGUGACUUUAGUGUGAUCGAGAGUGGUGGCUCCAUUCUCAGCUGAUACUGCAUUUGAUGUGAAGAAAUGGCUGAACUAUCUGGAGGACGCGUUUCAAAUCCUGCAGUUAAAUGACCGCCUACGUUUGAUUGCAUGCCGUCGCAUGCUGGAGGGUACAGCGGCGGUGUUGCUGCGCACGGUAUCAGUGCACAGCUACCGGGAACUCAAAUCAAUCCUUCUCCGAGAUUUUGGACGCUCGCGCAGUAUUGAAGAGGUGUACCACGCUCUGCGUAGGCGGCGCAUUAGGACAGGCGAAGGAUGUUUGAGUUAUGCAAUCGAGAUGCAGGAGAUCGCGAUAAAUGCUCGACCUGAUCAUCGAUGGACUGCGGGAUGGCCCUACAAGAGUCAGCAUGUUGUACUCAGCUCGCACGGUGGCUGAACUGAAGCCCCUACUGGAACGCUACGAGCGCUCCCGUGUACAGGCGGCAGCCUCCAAGCAAAGCGCCAGUGUGAAGGUGCAGCCAACACCAACUGCCUUGUCGUCUGUGGGACCAGAUGCUUCAACUGCUCGGGAUGGGGGCAUUACAAAAACCAAUGCCCGAAACCAAUCAGACCGCCGAAUUCCUGCUUUAAGUGUGGCACAGUGGGCCACAUCUACAAAAACUGCCCGUCUCCGCUGCUGAUGAUGUGGGAGAUAGAUUAAGCCAUCUACAACUGCCCGAAGAGUUUUCUCCGUCGAUCUGAAGUCCCCUCCCUGCCAUCUUAGCCCCAGUAGACUGAACUGCCGUGGUUUAGGGAAUAGUCAACUUCUGUCACUUGGUCAAGUCCAGUGUAUUGUUCACCUCCUCAGUACUGAGAUAAUACAUACGUUUGAAGUUUUGCCGGACAAGGCAACCGAACGAUUAUAGGCAGAGAUCUCCUGUACAAAAUUAAUAUUAG